GGGAUCGGAGGGAAUAGUUGGUUAUCGUCAUGGCAUUCGAACUCGAACCCACCCAACCGCGCGCGCGCCGCACCUCUACAUAGCCGGAAUGCUGGAUAACCCCGCGGCGAAGUUGCUCUGCACUCCCUGGGAACGUUGCUAAAAGCAGUUCCACGCUCUCCGGCCAAGAACGCGCCCCAUGGACGGCAGCAACGCCACGGCCAGCGCCGUGUCCGUCGUGAUCCGCGGCGGCUCGCCGCGCGGCCGCUCCGCCCCUCGCGCGCCCGCCGCGUCCCCGCCACCUCCGCCGGGCGCGGGCCGGAGGCGCCGCGCGGUGGCGAGGGGCGUCCAGAGCACGCUGGCGAGGACGUCGCUGCUAGCCAACUUCGUCCCCACGGGCACGCUCCUGGCCUUCGAGGUGGUGCUCCCGGCGGCGUCCGGCCGGGACGCCGGCUCCUGCUCCGCCGCCAGCGCCGCGAUGCUCCGAGCCCUCCUCGCGCUCUGCGCCGCCUCCUGCUUCCUCCUCCACUUCACCGACAGCUUCGGCGCUCCCGACGGGAAGGUGUACUACGGCGUCGUCACGCCGCGGGGCCUGUCGUUGCUCAGAACCGGGCUCGGCGUCGAGGUGCCCCGGGACGACAGGUACCGGCUCGCCUUCGUCGACGUCGUGCACGCGUUCAUGUCGGUGCUCGUCUUCGCGGCCGUCGCGCUCGCCGACAACAGGGUCUCCAGGUGCCUCCUACCCGGACACCGCAAGGAGAUGGCGCGCGUGAUGGAGAGGUUCCCGCUCGUGGUGGGGGCCGUGUGCAGUGGCCUCUUCUUGGUGUUCCCCAACACCCGCUACGGCAUCGGUUGCUUGGCUGCCUGAAGACAGCAGAGGCCACAGACCAGAGUACCAGACUACCAGACCAGAGCAUGGCAGUGUAACUCUAUUCAGUGCCAGUGAUCAAAUGGUGUCUUUGAUCUUUUUAUGCUUUGUAUGUUUUCUUAACGCCUGUUAUGUAAUGUGAAUAUGUACUCCUUUCAAAAAACUUGGAUGUGAUGUAAUCCUAUGUUAUUCAGUACCAAUUUGAAUAUCUACAGAAUGCAUUAUAAA